UUAGGUCCUUUUUCGUUAAACAGCAGAGAACAAAAGCCAAAAGCCAAAACCCAAAAGCUCAUUACUCAUUAGCUCUCUCUAGUAGCUGCUGAAAAGCUUCAAUGGCGCGCAUUGUCUCCGUAAUCUUCUCCGCCCCGCUUCGUCCUCCUUCACUCAACAAUAUGCAUGUGGGAAAACCGGAACCAGCCAUGCUUUCUCAUAAAGCAAUUGUUUCUACAGCUACCAAUCUUGUUGCUGCCUGCAGCUCGGAUAGAGGCUUAUUUUCUGUGAGUCAGAGCCCUCAUUGUCAUUUAACAGCUUCUUUAAAGCAUUUUGAUGAAAUUGUUUCCUGUUUGGAUAUAAGUUCUUGUACUCUUUUGAAAAUAACUGGUUAUUGGAUUGGACCAGAUGUUGAUGACGGUUGGGGCUUUAUAGAAGCAUUUGUUAUACAAAUUACUUGAUUUCCCAGUGAUCA